UUUUCUUCCCUUUCUUUCCUCCCCCUGCCAGCUGUUCCCAUGGAGCCCAGUUGGUAACUUCCUUAUCUUAGAAAUGUAACCAUCUCUGUGAAGCCCAGUUCAAGGCCAGAGGCCUUGUUCACAUAUUUUGUGAAAAACUAAUAAGGGGGUGUCUAGCUUUAGGAGUGCUGAUUUUUCCAGCCAGUGGCCAAGUAGAACAAGGCAACACGAAAAGAGAAAGUUUAUCUACACUGAACUCUUUUAUAGGGAUUCUUUUGCUGAAAGUCCUAAAAUCAGCCAUGGUGAAGACUUCUGGAGAAGACAAUCCUCAGAGCCCUAUCAGGACCUGAUCCAGCUCCAGAUCCUGGGGAACUAAGAACCAUGCUGAGCUUCUGUGAGUACCCAGAGGGAGCCCACAAGGCCAGGAUUCUGGGCUAUCCCUCUUCCUCCCAGUCUUCCUUUCUUAUCUCCCAUUAACCUGCUCUGGUGAUCCUGCUUUCCAAACCAAUAGGGGACAAAAAAAUCAGAAAUUAUGCAUGUUUUUUUUCUUUUUAAUUGACAUGUAAUAAUCGUGCACAGCUUCUAUUUAGAGUAGACAGGAAAUAUCUGAUUUUUAACCCUCAGAGCAAGCAUCUGGGCUGCUUAGUAGUCCCCCCACCUCCAAAACAGAACACAGCAAUUCUUUAAGGCAGGUUGUUGAUUCGCUCAGCAGGCAUGUGGAGGGGCGCUAGGGCUGUGGGUCUGGUGUUGUUUUCUCUUUGCAAAUAGUAAAUGCCUGUGUGUCUCCAUGGAUUUCUGGGUCUGGUUUCUUCUGUGUGAGAUCAAGACUAUUCUGGAUUGUUUUGAUAGCUCCUCAAGCAAAGAUACUCUGUUCUGUUCUCUAUGGCCAGGGAGGAGCCCUCUGCCCUAAUGAGCUGACUCUACAGAGCUGACUCUACAGGGCAAGACAACUGAUAGAAGAGGGGGCUUUCUCCAUGGAAACUCCCCCCGCCACCUCUGAGAAAACACCCCAAAGCAUUUGUGUUUCCUAGAAGGUCCAGCCAUGAAUCUAUGGUUUCCUUAAAGAAUGGAAUUGCUGACAAUUUCAAGUACCAUUUUCAAGUCAUACAGAGAUGCCAUUGGAAUGAUCAGUGCAUGUAUGCAUGUGUGUGAAUCAUCACACUGAAUCCUAUGAAUAUGUAAAAUCAAUAUAUAUUAAUCAAAAAAUAAAAUAGACUGUAUGUGGCACAUGCCAGUAAUACCAGCUAUUCAGGAAGCUGAGGCUACAGGAUUCUAAAUUAGAGGCCAGCCUGGGCAACUUGGCAAAAUAAAAAAAUUAAUUUUUUUUUAAUUUGGAAGGGUUAGGAAUAUAGUUCAAUGGCAGAGUCCUUGCAAAGCAUAUGUGAGGUCCUGGGUUCAAUCCUCAGUACCAUGAAAUAAAUUAAUUAGUAAAUAAUAACAAUAAAAAUGUUUUUGGAAGACUAGGUAUGUAACUCAGUGGUACAGCACCGGCCUACCAUGUGAAAGGCCCUGUAUUCAAUCAAUAAGUACCACAGAUAAGCAAGUAAUGAAUAAUUAUAAACAUCCCAAGGGACUGGGGGGAAAAAAGACCAAAACUUGGGAUUUCAGAAUGAGUCAGAUUCUACUCUCUUUUCAAAGAAAGAGACAAGGAAUAAACCCUAUUCCCAUUCCUUGAAGAAAGAAAAGAUGUAGGAUUCCUGAGGGCAGAGAGAGGCUGAAUUCUGAAGGGUGUGCAUGUGUGUGGACAGAGUAAAAGGAAUGAGAAAGCCAAACACACAGGUUCACAGAAGGAAGCUGGAGAAGCAGGUGAAGUCCUCAGCCAGAGACAGGGGAAAGGUGGAUGGAAGGAUCCCCCCCCCGAAAAAAGGGGGGAAUGUUUUCUCUGAUAGGUGGACCCUAACCCACAAUAGAAGGAAGAGUGAGGGGAAGACUAGAAGAGCGGUAGACAAAGAGGAAUUGAGGGAAGGGAGGAGAGAUGAGCAAAGUAGACAGUGGAAUGAAUCUGACACAGUUUUCCCGCGUACAUGUGUGAAAACAACACAGUGAAUCUCACCACCAUGUACAUCCUUAAAACUGGGAUUCUAACUAGAGUAACAUAUACUCCAUGCUUGCAUAAUCAUAGCAAAGUGGAUAUAUAAUUGAAAAGAACCAAAAAUAAAUAUUUUUUAAAUGGUGGUCUCAAGGACUAGAGAGCACAAGUCCAGGAUGGGCACUGCCCACCAGCUGGAAUCUGUGAUGAAAUACAGAGGCUAGAGGCCCAAAGCCUCUCUGUGCACACAUCCUUCCCUCUGUCUAUCCAACUGUCCAUCCAUGCACUCAUUUAUUUGUGCCCCAUCUUUCCAUCCACUAGUUUUUCUACCAUCCCUAUAUUCCACAAAUACGUUAGGUGCUUCUCAGGAGGCACGCUCUGUUCAGUAGGGAUUGAUUUCUGUUUCAAGAUGGAGAAGACAAGAGGUUAACAAUUAUCUAACAUACUCCAUGCAAGAAUCAGCAGGACCACACAAACUUAAUGGUGAUGAUUUAAAUGAAAUGGGAGAGUGAGAAAUUAUACCCAGAAGGAGACAAAUGAUGGGUCCCUCUGUGCCUUUAUUUUCUGUAAUGUGAAUACCAAUCCUAUGACAAACCAAGAAAGAAGGGUAGCCCAAAUUAAAUAAAAAUCCUGAGAUUGAAGACCAGGGGACAUUCACACAUUCCUUGUGUGGAUUUACAUGAAAAGCAAAUGUGGGUGGGGAUAUAGUUCAGUUGAUAGAGCACUUGCCUAGCAUUUGCAAGGCCCUGGCUUUGAUACCUAGCACCAAAAAAAUUUUAAGAAGAAAAAUGAAUACAAAUUUUCUUCCAAGGUCUGUGGCUAUCUGUCCUGAGAGAGUUGGGUAAGAACCAAUCAUCUUUUCUUCUCCACACGGAGGGGAGAAGAAAAAUAGACUAUAUUAGUCAGCUCAGGUUGCCAUAAUAAAAUACCACAGACUGAGUUGCUUAAAUAAGAGAAAUUUAUUUUCUCAUGGUCUGGUGUCUGGCUGUCCCAGAUCAAGAUGUCGGCAGGUUUGAUUUAAGGCCUCUCUUUGGCUUCCUGAUAACUAUCAUCUCAUUGUGCCCCCACAAGUUAUUUCCUCUGUGUACACAUCCCUGGUGUCUCUUUCUAUGCCCAAAUUUCCUCUUCUUAUAAAGACAUCAUAAAUAGGAUCUAUCCUAACAGCCUCCUUUUACUUUAAUCAACUGUUAAGGGCUUCUAUCUAUAAAUAGAGUCACUAUUAUGAAGUACUAGAGAUUAAGGCUUCAACAUAUGAAUUUUGGGAAUAUGCAAUUCAGCCCAGAGCACAGAUAAAUAGUUUUGAAAAUAGGAACAAAAUAAUCACAAGACUUACACCUUUUAUAGGACCCUAGGGGGAAGUUAUGGCACAUCUCUCUGAACAGAGCCAGAAUAUAAUGGAAGACAAGUGUGGAAAUGGAGGCUAGGUCUAGAAAAUUCUUUAACCUCAAUAAUCCUUGGUCAUCUCUAAGAGAUGACCCCAGGAUGUUCCUCUGGGUCUUGGAAAGCUGGUAGCCUACCAUGCACACCUCAGAGAAUGUAAGUUUAUUAAACAAUGUCUUCAGACUCUCCAUCCUUACCCCAUCCUUCCAUAGGUGCAGUGAAUUAAGGUCUUCCCAUUGUAACAAACAUUUUAUCAACCCCAAGGGGGAGAUAGGGAAACCCAACGUGAAGGGUAGAGCUAUCUCACCUGUCUUCUAGUCAGCGGAGGGCUUGGCCUCCUACAUGGAAGUCCAGCUGGCUGAGGUGAUGGCAGGUCCUCGGGGACAGAUUUGCAGCCUGUGUCUCUCCCUGAAUGGAUCUCCCCGUGGAAAGCAAGAAUGGGAGGGUCCACGGCUAAUGCACACUCUGGUAGGGAGGAAAGAAACAGGAAUUCCCAGGAUGUUGCAUUACAGGUUCAGUGACAUGAUCCUCCACUGAUCAAGGAUUAAGGCUGGCUUCCUUGGUCCCCAGCUAUUUGUCUGACUGCCAUCUCCCCAAGUAUGUUCCCAGGCUUUCUGGCUCUGGCCCUUCUGUCUGUGCUGGGCGUGAGUACCCAGGGCUUUGAUGAUGACCUUGUCAAAUGCUUUGAAGACCCCCAGUAUGAAGAACUACUACAGCUGGCUCAAGAUGGGCUGGGGCCGACAGCUGAAAAGAAACGGAUAGUGGUGAUUGGGGCAGGCAUGGCUGGACUCACAGCUGCCAAGAUUUUGCAGGAUGCUGGCCACCAGGUGACUGUCCUGGAGGCUUCAGGGCGUGUAGGUGGCAGAAUUGAGACCCAUAGAGUUCCUGGAACACAGUUGUACAUAGAGUUGGGUGCCAUGAGGAUCCCCAUCAACCACAGGCUCUGUCAUGAGUUUAUCAGGAAAUUGGGGCUGACCCUCAAGGAGUAUUUCCCCUCCAACAACCAGACCUGGGUGCUGAUCAAUGGAGUACGGCAGCGCACAGGGAUUGUGCAGGCUGACCCCAGCCUGCUAGAGUACUCAGUCAAAGCAGAUGAGGUGGGGAAGACAGGUGACCAGCUCUUUCAUGAAGCAUUGAGAAAGCUGGUGGAGGAGCUGAAGAACAGUAGCUGCAGCCAGAUUCUGGAGAAGUAUGACUCCUUCUCCACCAAGGAGUACCUGAUCAAGGUGGGGGACCUGAGUCGUGGGGCAGUGCAGAUGAUCGGGGACCUGCUGAACACAGACUCUGGCUACUACGAGUCCUUCAUAGAAACUCUGCGUGACCUGAUCAUCUUCUCUCAGGAAUCUCGGUUCCAUGAAAUCGUUGGAGGCUUUGACCAACUCCCUCAGGCCCUUCAUGGUGCCCUCUUGCCAGGGACAGUCUUGUUUCACUCACCAGCAGAGGAAGUAGAGAUGUCUGGAGACCAUGUCCAUGUCACUUUCAGGACAGCUGACCCUUUGCAGCCCAGGUCACGUCUGACUGCCGAUUUUGUGGUGGUGGCCACCACUGUCAAGGCUGCCCGGCUCCUCCGUUUUCGGCCACCCCUCUCUCUCAACAAGGAGAAUUCAUUACGUUCAGUCCACUACACCAGCGCCACCAAAGUGAUCCUGGCCUGCACACAGCGUUUCUGGGAGCAAGAAGGCAUAUUCAGUGGCAAGUCUUGCACUGACCGCCCCGCCCGCUUUAUCUACUAUCCCAGUCACACCUUCCCCAAUGGCACAGGUGUCAUCCUGGCUUCCUAUACUGUGAGUGAUGAUUCCAUGUUCUUUGCUGCCAUGGACGAUGCCCAGGUGGUAGAUGUCAUCUUGGAUGACCUAGCUGCUGUCCAUGACCACCCCAAAGAACAGCUCCGGGCCCUGUGCCCCUAUUCCAUGGUCAAGCACUGGAGCCAAGACCCCUAUUCCAUGGGAGCGUACACCUCCUUCACUCCCUACCAAUAUGUGGACUACACACAGGAGCUCAGCCAUCCAGAAGGGCGGGUCCACUUUGCUGGUGAACACACAGCCCUGCCCCAUGGCUGGACUGACACAGCUAUCAAAUCAGGGUUCAGGGCAGCAAAGAGCAUCCAAGAGUCUCUGGAUUUGGCUUUGACAAAGGAUCCUGAGGACACAAAAAAGACCUACUCCAAAAGUGAGCUAUAACCAGCUUGUAGCACCUAAGAAUUGGGGUGAUUCCAAUCACCUUGAUCCAUAGGAAGACCUUCAAAACUCACUCUCUCAUUUUAUCUUCCCCUUUGCCCAAAGAUGUCAAAUCAAGGCCAAUGAACGGAAUCCUUACAAUAUUUGACCACCUGUGACCUUCGAUGUAUUGACAAUAUUUGAACAACAAGAAUAUUUGUUGUAAUGAUUAAAACAAUAAAGCAUUUGUUGAAUUUAA